AUGGAUGAUUUAUAUUUCUCUUCCUCGGAUGAUGGGACCUUUUUUUCCGGGCUAGUGCAUUGGUUUGCGGGCAGCUAUCGAAUUGAAUCGGUUAUUGGAUCAAUCUAUCACGAUGCGGUGUUUACGUAUGAUUUGGGCGCGAAAACUCUCGGGAAACUAUCGACGCCUGUGGGAUUGAGUUCUAGCACUGGGUCGAUUGGGGUGAUUGAUGGGUGCCUUUCUGCAAUAUACCAAGUUUGUGGGGGCGAUUGUGAAAUUUACGAGUUUUGGAUGAUGAAGGAGUACGGUGUGAAGGAAUCAUGGACUAAGAUGACGAGUUUGUCGUUCAGUAACUGCGAUAAUGGUUUGUCGUCUUUUUCAAGGUUGAAAUUAGUUGGAGCUACUGACACUGGGGAUUUAAUUUUAUGCUGCGCUCCUGAUUGUCAACUUUUGAUAUAUAAUGUGGCGGAAAAGAAAUCGAAGAUUGUUUUGUCCAAUGGUUACGGGUAUGCAAGAAUGUACGUCGAGACUUUGGUUUUUCCCUAA